AUGUCGUCGUCCUCGGCGAAGGCGGCGCACUACCGCGCCGACGGCGUGAGGAUCACCCACGACCCGCACGCUCCCGGGAUGGCGGAGGUGCAUUCUAUACACUGGUCCCCGUACGACCGCGUUCGCGUGAAAUACGGCGCGCCGGGCGAGACGGAUCGCGACGGAUUCGACCCGUACGCCGACUCCGUCGGCGCGGGAAUAUACGGUGGCGUCGUGAAGCGGCGACCGGAGGACGGCAGCGUCGUCAUCGGGAAGCAGUACCAAGGGCACAACCCGCGUCCGGGUCCGGUGUACGCCGGCGGCGGAUACACCCCCGUCUCCGACGCGAUCGCGACGUUCAACCGCGAGGUCUCCGGGGGCGUCCCAACGCCCGAGACCACGCUCGCGAAGCUUCUCGACGCGCACCCGGACUUGGUCAACGACGUCUCCACCGGCGGCGCGUCGCCGCUGCACACGUGCGGGAUGUCGCGCGCCAAUCAGCACGCGACCGCGUUUCUGAUCUCACGCGGCGCCGACGUGGACGCGGUGGACGCGUACGGGUUCACGCCGUUGGACCGCGCGGCGUCGAACAACCUCGCGAUCGCCGCGGAGGCGCUGUUGAAGCGGGGCGCGGACCCGGACGCGAACGGGCCGCCGCGCGACGUCGCGACGCAGUCCGAGGCGAGGGACGUGUUGAAGGCGCUCGACGCGCGCGCGAAGGAAGGCGGUCGCGUCGACUCAGGCGCGUCCCGUACACUGGUUCCUAUACGACCGCGUUGGUGUGGUGAACUCCGAUCCUGA